AUGGGCAAUUCCUAAUAAAAAAAUGAUGAAAAAUUAAUUUCAACAGUCUGGCUUGGCGUCAAUGUAAUGAUUAUAAUUAUGUUGCAGAAUGAUUGGAAGGCAUUAAUGAAAGAUCGAUUGUCUCGGUUAGAGGAGGAGUGGGUGAUGAGUAUGAUCAAAUGCUUAGCUAAACAUUCUCCUCAGGAACAGAAACUAUUUAGAUCUGAGAUCAAAUAAGUUUGUAAAUAUUUUGUAAACCACUAUUUAAGUGAGUGAUACUAUGAAGGAAGACAAAAUGAAGAAGAUUGUGUAACAAUCAGAAGAGUUCUUGUAAAUAUUUAAUUAUUAUAGUUUAAAUAUUUAGAAAGAACAAUGAGUUCCUUAGAGAGGACACAGCCAUUCGCACAUCAUCAAGUGAUCUGACAUUAUCAACUAGUUACAAUUCUUGUAUAUCUAAAUUCCCACAAUAUUUAGUUUCAAAAAUCAACGAGAAUCAGUCUAUAUCUUCGUAGAAAUAGGAGAUACAGGAUUACGAAACUUAGAAUGCUCAGGCUCAAAAGUAUUACUUAGUGUUUACCAUUAUAAACGAGAUGAUCAAAUCUAACAAACAUCCUUUUUUCUAUAUGAUUACAUAAUUUUAGGGAUGGGCCAAAGCAUAUCUAAAUGUUCUUCAAUAAUCCAAUCAAAAUUUGUCUUAGUUGAAAGCUCAAGUUGCCAAAUUUGGCGUAACAACAAACUAAUUCUUGAGUUAUCUGAUUCAUGCUUUAAAUGAAUAUUUGGGUGACAUUUCAAAUGAUCAAGUUGAUAUUGCAUAGAACAAGUAUCUAAAGGAUAAAGCAAAUUACUUUAACUUUUUUCUAUCAGUGGUAAGACAUCUCAUAAUCCUAUUUAGACUAUCAAUGAAACCCUAACGGUCCAAUUGAUGGAAGUCUUGAAAAUGCUCCAUAAAAAUAGUAUAACAAAUUUGAUGGGCAAAAUGACGCAUUUAUCACUCAAACCUGACUUCUUUGACAUCCCAAAGAAACACAUGACUUAGACUAAGCCUUUUCAAGAAUAGAUUGAAUAUCUAUAAGCCAUUUAAUUCUCAAAGCAUCCAGCAGAAAAGUACUAUGUUUUAGCAAAGGCAUAUCAAUUACUAAGGGAAUGCCUUACAAAAAGUGCAUCCAAUUUCAUUUAGCUACAAGCAACAAAUUAUGUACUGGUCCAUUCAUAGAUCUAAAAUUUGCAUGCUCAUUUACAUUUACUCGAACUUUUUUAUCCCAGCUCACCAUUAUUACUAAAGUAUAAUUCGUCAUUGUAAUUUUUAUAAAAUAUUAUAAUAUGA